GGUCGCAUGUUGAAUGCCCACGUUUGCGCGAAGGAGAGGGAGGACUGGACCCUUGCUCGGCGGUUUCGGUUAUGUAAACGAGGCCUUGAACUAGCAACAUGGCUGACAGCAAGGCCAAGCCUGCCAAAGCUGCCAACAAGACACCACCCAAGUCCCCAGGAGACCCAGCCAGGGCUGCUAAGAGGUUGUCACUGGAGUCAGAGGGUGCCAAUGAGGGUGCAACUGCAGCUCCUGAGCUCAGUGCCCUGGAGGAGGCCUUCCGGCGGUUUGCAGUACAUGGGGACACCAGGGCAACAGGAAAGGAGAUGCAUGGCAAGAACUGGUCAAAACUGUGCAAGGACUGCCACGUGAUCGAUGGGAAGAAUGUGACCGUCACUGAUGUGGACAUUGUCUUCAGCAAGAUCAAAGGAAAGUCCUGCAGGACCAUCACCUUUGAGCAGUUCCAGGAGGCACUGGAGGAGCUGGCCAAGAAGCGGUUCAAGGAUAAGAGCAGCGAGGAGGCUGUACGUGAGGUGCACAGGCUCAUUGAGGGACGAGCACCAGUCAUCUCUGGCGUCACGAAAGCUGUGUCCUCACCCACGGUGUCACGGCUCACAGACACAAGCAAGUUCACAGGCUCCCACAAGGAGCGUUUCGACCAAUCAGGAAAGGGCAAGGGCAAAGCUGGCCGUGUGGACCUGGUGGAUGAGUCAGGCUAUGUGCCUGGUUACAAGCAUGCAGGCACCUAUGACCAGAAGGUGCAGGGGGGCAAGUAGCCUCAUAGGCUGACGCUCUGGACACUAUAGGUGGCAGGCACAGGACUUAACACCCAUUGCACUUCAUUACAUUCCUAUGUUUAACUGGGCAGAACUCAGAAUGCACCUCCACUACGCGAUGGUGGGGGCAAUGCCCAAUCCUCCUCCUGCUGGGUGCUUUGACACUUCUCCCUCAGACCCCAGGUUUGGGCCGUGAUUCAUUGUCCCGUCCUAACAUACCUGCCCUGUCCACGACUGGAAAGUGGACUGCUAUUUCCAACUGUCUCCCAGGAUCAUACCACACUGGCCACUUGAUUUUCAGGUAAAAGGGGGUGGUUUGGGUACUGGCAGAAAGAAGCAUAAGCAGAGCAGAUGCCAGAACUCACGCUGACCUUAUCUAGGCACUUCUAGGUCAGCAGGAGCUAAGGAACUAACCAACUGCAUAGAGUAAUCCUAAACAGGCCCUUUCAUCUUUCUUGACCACAGCACAUGGCUGAGGCUACUUGGUGGGUUAGCACACAUGCAUGUGUGUGUAUACACAUAUGCACACAUGCAUAUUCACCAACCGAGUCUGUGCUGUGAGAGGCCAAGAGAAAAAUGGAAGCUCCCCAGCGACCAGGGGAGUGACUUGGAGUAUGAAGCUGGAAGUUUCUUCAGUGUUGUUUUAAGAAAUGACAAGACUAUAUGCUUGGUCUCAAGAGUGAUCCAGGGAGAUCCAGAACAUCAAGCUGCCAUGUCCCAUCACCAGGUUGGGACACACAUCAUGCUGAGACACUUCGUCCAGACCAGGCCUGGACAGUUGUUCCACCAGUGUGAGAUGGAAGCUUUUACCAGGGCAAGUUAUGUUGUGUUUUGCUCAAAAUUAUGUGUCUUCAGCUCUAUGGCGCCUUCUCUGGGUUCAGUUUUCCUAACUUUUCUCACAAGUGCAAGUGUAGGGCACUGGAAACCAGAACUAGGCCCAAGAAAGAUUUGCAGCAUCUGCUAAGGUUUCUUUUUCUGCCACAAGAGAGAAGUCAGUCAGCCCAUCCAUGUGUGAGGGUGACACUUAGCUAGGCCCAAAGGCAUGCACCAUCCUCAUGAGAGCCCCACAGCAAUUGUUCCUUUGCAUUAACACAGCCCUAGCCUUGCAUGCAACUUGGUGGACUGUGUGGCCUUGUUUCUAGAAAGAACACACAGUAGCCUCGGGAUAUGCUUCCUGGAGCAGAUGGGUGUUGAGGGUGGGACAUUUUACAUGGCUUGGACAGCAUAGGUGGACAGCAAGGCUAUCUUCCCCACUGCCAUGGCACAUAGUCACAUUAUCCACCUCUCUGGGGUUCAGAGAGCAUGCCUUCACUGCAGCACCAGGGAAGACUACCUACUAGUCUAAGAGAGAAAAGAUGGGCCUUAAUACCAGACCUCCCGGACAGCAGGCUCUCUGAAGGUUCAAAGUUAACAAGCUCAAGGGAAAUGGACAUGGUUGGCUUCCUCCCAAGGUUUCUUGAGUUUGCUGUACCUGGCAAGUGGUGGAGCCUCCUUUCUGGAAUCUUACCUCACUGGUCUGGGGAAACAAAACGACCCUUGCACUUCUUGCACCCUCACCCAGAACCCCUAGUCCCCAUGUGGCUGGCAGUCUCUUGCUCUGAGGAUGUUCUUUUCUACUGCCUAUGAACAGCCUAGUUGCCACCAUCACAGCCAAGUAAAAUGGAACACACACACACAAAUCCAUCAGGAGGUGACUGCAUGUGGGCCAGGGCAGAGGGGCAGGCUAAUGAGGCAUCAGAGGGUCCCCACAACAUGUAGUGGGUCAGAUGUUUCCCUGACCCCCAAAAUAGUACGAAAACCCUGGACAAAGCCUUCUGUUCAAAGGGCUAAGAUGCCAGAAUGAUGUCCAGAUGAAGAUUCAAGCCAAGUCAAGGGUUAACAGCCUAGGAACACCUAGGAAACAACAUAAGUGUCCACCUUCACAUGGCCACCCAGCUCCAUGGGGAAGCUUCAUUAUAAACUGGUCACCUUACUUAUGUGCUCAGGACUGAACAGAAAAGCUCAGAGUGGCAAGCCCAUAUAGGUCCUGGGCAGUAGAGGACCAGAACUGCCAUCAGAGUACCCAGAGGUGUGAUCCUCAGCAGGAAAGCAUUCCAGGAAAGCAACUGAGAAAGCAUUUCUAAUGGCUCUUACACAGCUUGGACUUUGUAAAUGAAAACUGGGUUACUCUGCCUUGCUGGUCCUUACUGUCCAAGCACAGAACCUGAGCACCCUUGGGUCCUGAGGGAUAGUCCUAGGCCUGCCCAUAUAGUUCCCCAGCAACACCCAGAACUAUGUCAGACAAGUGGUCUUCAUUGUGUUCCCCCUUUCCCCCCAGAGUUAUACAGCACCUUUCUUUAGUCAGUGUUAAGUUUAACUUUGAAAAUAAACCCUCCCUCUAGAUUAUAUAUGUCAUCUAGCAAGGAAAGGGUAGUAACAAUUAGAUCACGAAGACUUAGUGUCUUUGUACCGCCAGUUUAAAAUGUCUAUGGAAUUCAUUGUGACAUCUGUGUACCCUCUCAACAUAGAAACUGAUUUGAAUCAAACUUUGCUACACAAAACAGAUGUGUAUUUUCCUCAGUUUGAUUUGAACACACAGGUAGAGUGUUUGUCUCUGCUGCAUGUUUUAUGCGAUACCAAUUAGCUAUUACUAAUUAUGGAUAAAUAGAAUUCAGUGUCUGUGAAUAAAAACAAACAAACAAAAACUGCACAGCAUGCAAACCAAGACCCAGGGCCAUGUGCUAUUAGGUGACAGGCACACGAGACAGGGAUAGGUUCUCAUAGGGGGUGACACUCAGGAGGUGACAUUUUCUUUUCUAGAGGGGACACCCAGGAGACAGAGACAUACUUUGUUGUGAGCUGAUCCAGGAAACAAAGGAUACAUUCUAUCAGGGGAAGACACUCAAGAGACAGAGACAGGUUUUCUUUGAGUUAUGACAGCAAAGAAUAAGGACAGGUUCUGUCAGGGGCGACACUCAGGGACAUGGAUUGGAGUGACAGAGUCAUAUUUUGUUGCAUGUGACACUCGAAGAUAUGUUUUGUCAGAGUGAAACCCAGGAACAUGGUCUGUAGAGGGUGACAUACAGGAACACAUUCUGUUGGAGGUGACAUUCAGGAGAAAGGGAAAAAUUGCAGGGAAGAGUCAGGCAGAUGGUGUCUUAGGUGUCAGGGAACGACAGUAGGUAGGUUGGAGGCUGUCUGCAAACACUGACUCUAGUAGGACCCCUAUUUAUUUCUAUUUAAUGUAAUGAACAACUAGUUAGUGGAAAUGCUUUGCCAAAAUCAGAGUUCAAAUUACAUAUUUAAAUAUUGUUGAAAAUCUAUAUUUAUACUGGAGUAUUUUUACACCUUUCAGUAUCCUAUCUUAUAUUGGGGCAUAGGGACAUUACGACACAUGGAGAUAUUUUUGAACUGGGCUGCACGACAGUUCUGCCACCUCCCUGUAGUCUGUCCCAGGGAGUUGACAGGUGCCUGCCCUGAGCCAAGACCCACUUGCAGAGGCCCUGGGCUGCCUCAGCUGCCUGUUUUAAUGAAUAGUUUUACUGGCACACAGCUGUACCCAUGUGUUUACAUACUGUUCUGUAGCUGCUUUGGUAUUAGAACUAGCUGGGAGGAUUGAGACAGAUGCCAUGGCACAGACACAUAUGGUAUUUGCCACCUGUUCUUUUUCAGGGAAAACUGCCUGUCUGUCUGUCUGCCUGGUUCUCUCUCUGUAGACUUGUCUACUACCUGGCUACAACAUGGGCACAUGGGGGAAGCCCUGCCAAUUAAGAAUGGCAAGAGUGACAAUUUAGCUGUACUGUGAAGACAUCAGUAGACAGAAUAUCCUUCCAACACUGAGCCAAACUGCUCUUCUUCACCAACAUACUACUGACCAUUUUACAGUUCAGGGGUGUGGCCAUCUUGGGACGCUUAAAUUAUCUCUUCCUUUAGAUUUAACCAAGCCAAAAAACAAAGGAAGCCUGUACAACAACUUAAACUUGAAAGGAAUAAUAUGCUACUACUACUAGUUUGUACUAAGUUUUUUUUUUUUCAAGAAAGGGAGUUAAGUUUAUAUAUAUGUGAUAUAUAUUUUUACACUAUUUUAUUAAUGUUAGGGAUAUGGAGUUUAUCACUUUAUCAGUGUGAUGGGUAAUGUUGAUGUCAUGGGUGUUCUGACUCAGAAAGACACUUAUACUGACAUCUAAACCACACUUGCUCAGACUGUCUGUCAGGUCAGGAUGGCCCUGCUGUCCCUCCUAUAGAGCGCAAGGCGUCUAGUCACCUACUUGGACAUAUGGCCUGGCUCAUAUUGCUUUAGUGAAACAGCUUGUGUCUUUUACUUCGUUUAUUGUGUUUGCUGUUAUUAACAUUGUGUGUCAAGUUGGUAAAGUGAUGAAUAAAGGUUUUAAAAUAUGGAUUUC